AUGUCGAGGCAGCAUAUAUGUUAUUUAUUUUCUAAUUUCUUGUGGAAAACAUAUUUUUUCCUUCUUUGUGCUAUUUUGGUCGAUUCGAAAGAAAUGUUUAUGCAUGGUUAUAAUUCUUAUUUGAAAUUUGCAUAUCCUCAUGACGAAUUAAUGCCAUUAAGUUGUAAAGGUCGUAUUAGAGGCGUAACUCCUAAUCGUGGAGAUGUGGAUGAUGCCCUUGGAAACUUUUCAUUAACAUUAGUCGAUGCGCUAGAUACUUUGGUUGUUGUUGGUGAAUUAGACGAAUUCGAAAGGGUUGUUAAAUUAAUUGUUGAUAAUGUACGAUUCGAUUCAGAUUUAGUUGUUUCUGUAUUCGAGACAAAUAUUCGUAUGGUUGGAGGCUUAUUAUCGGCGCAUAUUCUUUCCAAACUUGUAAAAUCGAAAGAAACUCAUCGCUUAUUAUGGUACAACGAUCAUCUACUGAAAAUGGCAACCGAAGUUGCCGAUCGAUUAUUACCUGCCUUUAAUACCACGAGUGGCUUACCGUAUUCACGGGUGAAUUUGCGAUAUGGUAUGUCAGAUUAUCUAAAACAACAUGGUGAUACUUGCACAGCUUGUGGUGGGACAAUGAUCCUCGAAUUUGCAGCACUGAGUCGAUUAACAGGCCGUUCUGUUUAUGAAGAAAAAGCUCGAAAAGCUAUGGACUUUUUAUGGGCACAGCGCCAUCGUGGCAGUGGUUUAAUGGGGACUGUGCUGAAUGUUCAUUCUGGUAACUGGAUACGUCGAGAUGCCGGGGUUGGUGCUGGAAUUGAUUCUUAUUAUGAAUAUUGCCUCAAAACUUACAUUCUUCUGGGUGAUGAUGACUAUCUUAAUCGCUUCAAUACCCAUUAUGAUGCAAUAAUGAGAUACGUGAACAAGGGACCUUUGUUUAUAGAUGUACAUAUGCACAAGCCAACAGUUGCAUCUCGUAACUAUAUGGAUGCUUUGCUUGCAUUUUGGCCAGGUUUACAAGUUCUUAAAGGUGAUUUGAAAUCUGCUAUCGAAUCUCAUGAGAUGCUUUACCAAGUGAUUAAGCGACAUCAUUUUUUGCCUGAAGCAUUUACGCACGAUUUACAAGUGCAUUGGGCGCAGCAUCAUAUUCGACCGGAAUUCAUCGAAAGCACUUAUCUUCUUUAUAGAGCGACGAAAGAUCCUUAUUACCUAAGAGUUGCGAAAAGAGUAAUGGAUAGUAUAAAUGAAUUUCUUCGAGUAGACUGUGGAUUUGCUGCAAUUAAAGAUAUCAGGUCUAUGACCCAUGAUGAUCGGAUGGAUUCCUUCGUUCUUUCGGAAACAUUAAAGUAUCUUUAUAUGAUUUAUGCUGAAUCCUCAGAAAUGAUUUUGGAUCCAGAUGAUUAUGUUUUAACUACCGAAGCGCAUUUUUUACCAUUGAAUAUUGGAGAUGCUGGUACUGAAGAGGUUGAAAUUAUCGAAGAAUUUGAUGGCACAAAUGAUAAAGAAUAUCGAUCUGCAUGUCCAAAUAUUCCAUAUCAGGCAUCAUCUGAGUUUACCACCUAUGCCCAUUUGUUAAGAACGAAUGUACAGAAUGUUGUAGAAGAAAUUACUAAAUUUGCCUCUGAUUCUGCAACUUGCAGUGAUACACCGAUUGAAGGCUUGCAUCCUUGGACAUUUAGUUCUUCAAAUUCGGAACAUUUGUGGCAGUUGAAACAAAUGGGCGUUCAACUGGAAUUUCAUUCUGAUGGUCGUUUGCAGUUCGCUCAUUCAUCUGCAAAUGUAUGUUUUUCGCGUUUGAAAAAUGUAUGUGGCAUAAUUAAUGACGAAAUUAUUUUAGAACCAAGGUACGAACAUUUUGUUCAAGUCAUUUCCCAGCCAUCGUUCGGAACGCUCAAAUUCGAGGCAUCUCACGCACUUUUUGGAACGAAUCUUGAAAACAAGCAUGUAUUUAGAAUCGCAAAGCCCUUACGCGGAUGCAGUUUGUUGACUAAUAAGCCUACAGUGAGAAACCGCAUUGCUAUCAUGCAGCGAAAAGAUUGUAUGUUCCAAGAAAAAGCUAAAUUUGCUCAAGAAGCUGGUGCUAUCGCUCUCAUUAUUAUAGAUGAUACAAUUGGCUCCAGUGCUAAUUCAUCGCCAUCAUUUGUGAUGUCUGGUGCAAAUGAUUUUAAUGAUGAUAUAACAAUACCGGUGGUGUUUCUAUAUAAUCAGGAAGGUUCCCAGCUACUCGAACAGAUCAGUCGAUAUCCAAAUUUACUAAUCAGAAUUUCCAAUCAUCUCACAAAUCCUCGAUUUCUGUUUGAGAAAUUCCUCGUAAAACAGGAUUAUUCAUUAAUAUUUCCUUUGUUGCCUCCGGGUCCUAUAGAGGUGUUUCAUUUCAUUUCAUUUUUCGUAUUUUUAUUUAUUCUUUGUAAUUUCUACAAAUAG